AUGUCUAACAAAGAAAAAAGUAUUAUAGAUCAACUAAAUACUGCUCAGCAAUCACAAAUAGAACAAAAUAGAAAAAGGCUAGUUCCAAUUUUAUCUUCAAUAGUAUUUUGUGCGACACAUGAUCUAACAAUUAGAGGCAAAUUAAGCUGUAGUGGAAAUUUUCAUGAUCUUUUAAAAUUUUGUGUUGAAUCUGGAGACAGUGUUCUGUCCGAGCAUUUAUCAACAUGUCAUAGUAAAUCUAAAUAUACCUCACAUCGCAUUCAAAAUGAAUUUAUUUUAUUAUGUGGAAAUGUAUUAUGUGAUCAAAUUAUUCGAGAAGUAAAUAGUAGCUUAAGUUUUUCACUGCUAACUGAUGAAACUUUUGAUAUUGCUGGCAUUGAACAACUUUCGAUUGGUGUUCGUUAUGUUGAUAGUUCAAAAACUAUAAGAGAAGAAUUCCUAGGAUUUACUACAAACAUUAGAUGCAGUUGGUAUAGCUACUUAUAUUUUGACUUCUGUUGA